AUGACUGAAGCCAAACAAGAUUUAAUUGAAUUAUCAUCAAAUCCUUUAGAUGUAUGGAUAAAUACACAUUAUGAUGAAUUGUGUGCAGGUAUGACGUGUGAAAAUGCUCUAUUCUGCAAACCAUCAGACAUGAAAGACAAAAACUUUCAAAUGAGUAUUAAGGAUAAAUGUGAUAGGAAACAUAGAAGAAUAGACGGUAAACAAACAUGGUAUUAUGUUUUGAAAGAAGAAAUGAAAGGAUUAUAUAAACAGGUUGAACCAAACGAUAAUGAGGAAUCAUUUACUGAUGAUGAAAUACCUGUAAAUGAGCCGCUAAGCGGCGAGACCUGA